UCAUGGCUUCCCUGGAGCGCAGCUGCUGCUGCCAACUCCCCAGCUCUGUUGGUGCCGGGAAUGCAGCAAUCCCUCUGGCUGUGCCAGGCUGAAGCUGAACCCCUUCCUGUGGUGUCUGAUGGGGUGGUGCUCCCCAGGAAUGCUCCUGGUUCCCAGAGAGGAUCCUCCCCAGCAGGAUUCCCGCUCCUGCUCCCUCAUCCCGGCUUUUCCCGUGCCAAGGAUGCCCAUCCCGCUGCUCAUCCUGGCACUCGGCCUGGCAGGCGCCAUGGAGGUGCAGGUGCCCGAGGAGCCCGUGGUGGCCCUGUUCGGCCAGGACGCCACCCUGCUGUGCUCCUUCUCUCCCGAGGCCAACUUCAGCGUGGCCGAGCUCAGCCUCAUCUGGCAGCUGACGGACACCAAGCGCCUGGUGCACGAGUUCUCCGGGGGCCAGGACCGCCUGCAGGACCAGGGCCAGGGCUACGCCAACCGCACGGCGCUCUUCUACGACCAGCUGCAGCGGGGCAACGUGUCGCUGCUGCUGCGCCGCGUGCGCAUCGCCGACGAGGGCAGCUUCACCUGCUUCGUGCGCGUGCGCGACUACGACAGCGCCGCCGUGGCGCUGCAGGUGGCAGCUCCCUACUCCAAGCCCAGCGUGCACCUGGAGCCCAGCAAGGACCUGAAGCCGGGUGACGUGGCCGAGGUGACGUGCCACGCGUCCCGCGGCUACCCCGAGGCCAGCGUGCUGUGGCAGGACAGCCAGGGUGCCAACCUGACUGCCAACGUCACCACGUGGCAGGUGGCCAACGAGGAGGGGCUCUUCGAGGUGCGCAGCGUCCUGCGCGUGCUGGUGGAGCCCAACGUCACCUACUCGUGCCUGGUGCUCAACGCCGCGCUGCGCCAGCACGGCCACGCCUCGGUCACCAUCACGGGCCAGCCCCUGGCAUUCCCGGCGGUGGCCCUGUGGGUGACAGUGGCCCUGGCCGUGUGCGUGGUGGCCCUGCUGGGCGUCCUGGCCUUCGUGUGCCACCAGAAGAUCCGGGAGAGCUGCCAGGAGGAUGAGGAGCGCACAGGCCCAGAGGAGCGGGAUGAGGAGGGGGAGGAGCCCAAGACAGCUCUGCAGCUGCUGGAAAACACAGAGAGCCGAGAGGGUCGGGAGCAGGAGAUCGAUUGACAGCAGCCCCGGAGCCCCGCCCGCCUGUCCCCGAGCCA